AUGGAUGAAGGGAUUUCCACUCCCAAAACUAGAUCAGCUAAACUGUAUGUUCAUUUCAGCUUUACAGAAACUGGCCCAGCCUUUCGCAUGCCACCUCCAUGUUCUGUUGUUAUAAAGGACAAUGAGUCGGCACAAGGCCACUGGCAUAUUCCAAUUAUAUCAGAAUCUGAAAAUGAGGAUGAAAGAGUAUGGUUAUGCUGUCGUCGUGCAAACUCAAGCUUGGCAAAGCAAGAUUCUUCUGGCGUACAAAAUGAAUCACAAUUACCGUCCAAGAAGAAGAAACAAACACGAAUCAGUGUUGAAGAUUUAGUGGCUAGUCACAACUUGAGGCUGCGGAGAAACUUGGGGAUUGUAUUAUUGAUUCCAAAUUUGAGAAAAGUGGAUAAGCGCUCAGUACAAGUAUCUCCUGAAGUUGUGGCUCUGCCUAUUGGGACUAUUGGUUUGUUUGUUGGAUUGCUAGAAUAUUAG